GUUCAAGUUUUCCACUUUUGCACUGAGGUUUGUUGUUUCUAGAUAGUGCUAAAUUUUGUAUUGCUACCUGUCUGGAAAUAUAACGCAAACGAAAUUACAGCACACCGUCGAGGAAAAAGUGUUUCAGGAAGGGUAUAAAAAGCUAGCAUUGUAUUCUUUAAUUUUUGGGCAAGGACGAUUCGCACAUGGAGAAAAUAUGGUUUUGAUUGUCAUUGCCUUGUUCGAGCAUUUUUCUUUAGUAAUUGGGUAUAUGAUUUUUGCUGAUAAUUUUCUCUUCUGUUCAGCUGUCAAUAAGGAUGACCUUCCAAAAAUGACAUUGUUGGGUACUGGAAAGGUUUUCAGUUCUGAGGACAGCACAGUAACGGAUAAAGAUAUUGAAGAUAUUUUAGAUAAAAGAGAGAAGACAACAACACAACCUAAAGCAAAAAUACAAAAAAUCACUAAGGAUAGCAUUAAAUUUAGUUGGAACAAGCAUAUGUGUCUGUCCCUGUCCCUGUUUCUCUGUAUACCUGCAGCAGCCCUCUGUCUUUUGUCCACCUACCUAACACCUUCUUCUAUGUAGAUAAUUGUUAUUGGGAUGAACAUCGCAGCAUGUUAGAGAAGAAAGGAAAAAAAAAGAACGAUACCAUUGAGGGGGAAGCCGAAGAUCAGCGGGAUCCUUUGAUGCCCGAGGAGGCGGAAUGGAAGGGACGUAGCCCAUGUAGUUAUUCAGUUGACUACAUGGAUACUGGUACUGAAGCUCGAAUAGAAGAUGAAAUACAGAAUGAGGAACAAGAACCUGGCUUCGGUGAUUUAGUUGGAGUGAUAGCCAAUAGAACAUCAGUCUCAACCUAUGAGAGUUGUAUGUCAGGGAAAGGAGAACCACCAUUUUCUAGCAAUGGAAAGAGGAAGGCGGCUCUGGAUGCGCCGUCUGCGCCACCCGCCAAGCGGACGGGGACCUCCUCCACCGAGGGUGCUGGGAGCCCGAUGGUUUCUGCUCCUGUACUCGCUCGUGCCCCUGCCCUCGCUCGUGCCCCUGCCACCGACAGGUAACAACAAGGAUGGAAUUUUUGGAGUGGUGGGGGCGGCGGUUGGGCUGGGCUGAAAUGGCAAACCCAAAGAAAGUGUUUAGAGGAGAAGGUCCAAAACAAGGAUGGAAUUUUUAAUCAAUCUCAGGGUGUGUUUGGUUGAGCUGUAGAUUUCUGAAAAUCAGCUGUGGGGAAUCUGCUGUGAGAAAGCUGCUGUGAGCUGACAACUGUGGGAAAGCUGGAAGUUGUUUGGUUGUAACAACUGCCAACUGUAGAUUCGAUAGAAAAAUGUCUGUAAUGCCCUAAAGCUCCGGGAUAUUAUUUAU